GUGGCGCGGCGGAAGCUGCCGGGGUAGUGUGUGUGCCACACGAGGAGGGCCGAGGAGACUGCGGCCAUGGCUUCUCUGCUCGCCAAGGACGCCUACCUGCAGGGCCUGGCCAGGAAAAUCUGCUGCCAGCCCAGCCCGGAGCCGCAGAAACGCAAGUCCGCCAGCAAAACUCAAGGCUCAGAAGCUGCUGGACCCCCAAAAAAGAAGAGGAAGAAAGCGCAGAAGAAAUCCCGGGAGCGGGAAAAGGCUGUGGAGCUGAAGACCCAGGCUCCAGGGGAAAAGUCUCCAGCAUCUUCCAGGGCCAAAAAGCCAGCAGUACCUGAGGAAGGAGAGGCCUUCAGCUCCAUGGGAUCUCCAGCAGAUGGGGAUGUGGAGCAGGGCCAGCUGAGAUCAGAUGCCCUGGUCACAGAACUUGACUCUCUCUUUGCCCUGGAUGUUGUGAGGCAGCGGCUACAUGAAAAAAUGCGGGAGGCCCGGGGCCAGGGACACAACACGGAGCUGUCUCCCGCCGCUUUGGAGAAGAGAAGGCGGCGAAAGCAGGAGCGGGACCGGAAAAAGAGGAAACGAAGGGAGUUGAGGGCAAAGGAGAAGGUGGCAGAGGCUGCGGAGGCUGCCAAGCCGCCCCACGAGCAGCCCCACGAGCAGCCCCACGAGGAGGUGCAGCCGGGGCUGCUCUUCAAUAAGGUGGAGGUGACCGAGGAGCAAGCAGCCAGCAAGGCCCAGCGCCGGAAGGAGAAGAGGCAGAAGCUGAAGGGGAAGCUGGCGCCGCUGACGGGCAGGAACUACCGGCAGCUGCUGGAGCGCCUGCAGGCGCGGCAGGCUCGGCUGGAGGAGCUGCGGGACCAGGACGAGGGGAAGGCGCGGGAGCUGGAGAGCAAGAUGCAGUGGACCAACCUGCUGUACAAGGCCGAGGGCGUGCGCAUCCGUGAUGACGAGCACUUGCUGCAGGAGGCCCUGAAGCGCAAGGAGAAGCGGCGUGAGCAGCGGAAGCGCAGGUGGGAGAAGCGCACGGCCCACGUGGUCGAGAAGAUGCAGCAGCGGCAGGACAAGCGGCGGCAGAACCUGCGCAAGAAGAAGGCGGCCCGGGCCGAGCGGCGCCUGGACAAGGCCCGCAAGAAGGGCCGGAUCCUGCCCCAGGACCUGGAGCGGGCCGGCCUGGUGUGAGGGCCUGCAGCCCGGGCGCCCAGACCUCCUCCCUGACCUGGGGCUGCCCUCCCACCUCGUGUGACCGCGGCCACGAGCUCGGUCUGUGCGGUCUAGGCUCCUCGGAACCCGGGGCGGGCGGUGCUCUGCGGGCUCACCUUGCAAGCUGGUUGUGAGGGCUCCGCUCCCAUAUGAGAAAGAAAAGGAGUGCUGUUGAGAAUAGAGACCUAGAUCCUUCAGAGCCUGGAAAGAGGUGACUGCGUCCAGGUUCCAGCCUUCUCUUGGAAGACUGCAAAGCUCCCCAGAAGUUUGCAGGGUGAGGGAAGCGUGGAGGGCGUGAGGGUUCUGGUGGGGGCACUUCACUGGCUCUUUCUUCCCCUCCCGGGUUGACAGGAGCCAGGAAAGAAUGGCCUUUGGGACUGUCCACGUCAGCCGAAAACUCACCUGGAAGGAAGGAAGCUCAAAACUGCUGUAGCCCAAGUCCAAGGUGGCAUUGGCCUCAGGUGACUGGCAGAGGGUGGAACCAACCUUGGGUGUGACUGGGAGGGAGUUAACCUGAGUUGAUUUGUAAAAGGAGCAGAAAUUAGUCCUUAAGGUAAACACGCACCUGAAAAGAGUUAAGAUGACCGCUGGGGGCUGCCUGGGGGGCUCAGUGGUUCAAGGGUGCCUGACUCUUGGUUUGGGCUCAGGUCCGGAUCUCAGGGUCCGCUGAUCAGCCCC